UAAGUGGCUCACAUCAACCAUUGAGAUGUGUGGUCUUAAGAGGUUUCAUCGCUGUCUCCAACAAUGCUCCAAGAUAUUCAUUCCCUUGCACGACAAUAUGGAAGAGUACUGGAUUCUGUUGGUCAUGCACCUCCCUGAAAAAAAGGUAGAGGUACUGGACAGCUUCCUUGAUGUAAGGUCACGUGAGAGGCGAAUGGAUCAUGCAAGAGACGUGAUGGCAAUGUUGCAGAAGGUAUUUGGUACUGAAACAACAUAGUCAAACUCCAAAUUUUAUCAUUUUCCAUCAUUCACUCUUAACUUUUCGGACUUUAACCCAACGCAUGAACAAAAAUCUGAGAG